CACUUAGACAUGAAGGUGCUAUCAGUCGGUGUUCUCCUCUUUUGCUUCGGCCAGCUGUACGCCGGUCCGGUAGCGAUCCCAGCGGAACGGGCUCUUUCGUUGAACACACGGGGAGAAUUCUUCGUUGAGUUCAACAACUUGCUUGAUGGCAUUGCGAAAGAGGCCCUCGCAAGCCUCUCAUCGUUGGAGCAAAGCACGGGUCAGCAGGUGCAAUCUGUCGAAGAUGCCAUCCAGGAACUAGAGAAUCUGUACAACGAAAAGGUGCUGAAGGAAAUCGAGCGCUACGACGGUGCUCUGGAUGAGCUCAGCUCAAAGGUGUCCCCAUGUUUCGCUUCCGUCCGAGAAAGCAUUCGCGAAAUUGUCCAGGGCGCCCGUGGUAAGGCAGGCCAGUGCGCAAAGAAUGCAUUGGAUCAAGUGCGCGGAGUACAGCAAAACAUCGAGGCACACAUUGGGGCUGGUGUGGAGAAGGUUAAGCAAAUUGUGGAUAUCGGCAAGAAGUGUCUAUCGGAGAACUCCUGGAUCGUGGAUCAAAUCAACUGCGCGCUGCAGAAUGCUCCUGUAGCAGUCAGCAUCGUGGAGGAUAUCGUCCGAGACGCAGCAGCUCUCAUUAAACAAACCUCCCAGUCGGUUGGAGCAUUGGCUAAGGAUACCGAACAGUGUCUAGCCGUGGUGGUGCAGGACGCCGUGGAAAACUUCAAUGACAUGUUGGAACAGGUGGUUGAAUGCUUGGGUGAAGUUGACCAAGCUGAUGCUGUCGAUGCGUUGUCCGGAAAUUAGCGCUUUAUGGCCGUAAAGCAGUAGCUCCCUAAGUUCCACGUUUAAGUUGAUUAGUGAAACAUUUGAUGCUGUGAAAUAUAUUUUAAAUAUUCCCAAGAUGA